CCUCUCCGCUAUAGCCUCUUAAUCCCAUUUAUUUCGUUGCUCAUUUAACCGAGCAUCUUACUAUUAGAAAAUGAACAAAAAUUCAGAAUUACUGAAAUUGACAAUAUUUAAUGAAGAUUUUGAAGAAUACUAACUAUAACACUUUUAGAAAAUUUUGGUGCUACAAUUAUCUCGUAACUUAAUGCAAUGCUCAAUGUGACACAUGUAGCAGAUUUUAGUGACCAAAUCGAUAAUUGAGCCUUUUGUCCUCAAUUGCUAACCGAGAAAAUGACAUCAUCAAUGAAACCUAUAAUCCCUUCUCCACUCCAAACUCUCUUCUUCUUUUUCUUCUUCAAUCAUUCCUCCUUCCUCUCCCAUUUUUAUCUACCCAGAUCUUUCCCUCCCACCAACCAAAUAAUUGUGAAACCCCAUCCCCAAUUUCUUUACUUCCUCUACUUCCACAAUUCCCAACUUCCAAUUUCGUUUUCUCUAUACCCAUCCGGCGAUGACGUUUGGCGAGUCAUACGGGGAUUACGGCGGAAUCCGACGACCCACGGCGGCGGCGCUGGAGAGCUAUCCUUCCAGCUGUGCGGAGGAAUCCCUGCUAGUCAACGAAGACGAAGAAGAUUGCUCAUCGGGAGCUUCCACCCCUCCUUUGUGGAGGACAACCGACUGCCCAGCCUCCACGGUGCCGCCGGCGAGGCAGGGGACGGGUAAUGAGAACCAUUACCAGAGCCUCUCCCCUGCUUCUAGAGCUCAGGCGAUCGCCAGAGGACAGAGGGAACUGAUGGAGAUGGUGAGUAGAAUGCCCGAGGGCUGCUACGAGCUGUCGCUGAAGGAUCUAGUGGAGCACCAACUACAAAUCGGAAUCGAUCCUGAAGAUCGGGAAGAGAAAUUUCCGGAGAGAAAUUCGAUCCACGACGGAGGAGAGAUUGGUCGGAAUUUGAAAUUGGGAAAGAAGAAGAAGAGCGAUAUCAGCGAGAAGAGUUACAAUCCGGCGGCGGCGGCGAAGAUGACUAGAAGUGGGAGCCUGGAAAACGGUGGGUUUAUGCUGAAAAUGGGUUGUCCUGUGUAUUUCCUAAGAUCGAGGAGCAAGAAGAAGAAGAAGAAGCAGGGGAAGGGGAAGGGCGGAUCGGCGGCUUCUUUCUCCGGCGGCAGCCCGAAGGACGGAAGGGUUUCGCCGAGGCCUCUGCUGGUGAAUGGGUCUUCUGGUCCUGCUGCGGUGGGUAAAAUUGGCGGCGGUGGUAAGGCGGCGGAGAGCUGCUGGUGGAAAGAUGGGUGUGCGGUGACGGUGGAGGCGGAGGCAGGGGAGAGCUGCGAAAGUGCGGCAGGAUUUAGCAGCAGCAGUAACAGCAACAACAGCCAUAGCUCCAAAAGCAGCCGCGGUAGCAACGGCAGUAGACACGGCGGCAAUAGUGGAAGAAAUAGCGACAGGCGGAGAAGCGGUCUUUCCUGCCUCUCCCUUUUCUCCAGCAAAGGUAAAGUAGCAGAGUGAGGGAGUAAUAUGGGUCAAAAUUGGGAAAACCCCAGCAGUCCAAUUUCGUAACACACGACGGUAAAAACGAGCAGUACAUAUUUGAGAGGGACGACUCAUCUCUUACAAUAAUAUGAUUUUGUUGAUAUAACACGGUAGAAAUGAUAAUGCAAAGAAAGGAACAAAUCUUUUCAUAUUGUUAAUUGUAGGGUUCUUGUAAUUAAAUCCCCCUUUACUCAUGUGUUUUGUUUCUCUUUGGCACUUUAUGAAUGCUAUCUAUUUUUGGGGAUUUAGGUGCUGAUGAUGUUGAUGUGUGUAUUUGGGGUUUAGGUACCAUUUUUUUUAGAGAGGAUUGUCUGGCUCCAACAAAUCAGAUAUUACAUU